AGGAGGGAAUGCAGAAAAGGAAAAAAUGCAAUUUCUGCUUUCUUGUCACACUUAAAAACCAGACACAGAGCUAAAAAGACGACACCGUUCACUUAUGGUUAGGUCCAGAAAAUCCAACGGCGCCAUUAAAACGCUGCGUUUUGUUCGUCACCUUCGUUUUCUUUAGCUUAGUUCCCAAGUCACCACUCCUACUUCCAUGUUGUUUCUAAAACCCUAAACUGAAUAUUCUUCCUAGCUAGUUCAAAGAGCAAUGGAUCCAUGUCCUUUCAUCCGUCUUACGAUCAGUAACCUAGCUCUGAAACUCCCUUUAGCGGCGAAGACGACGAGCUCCGCCGUGCACCCGUCGUCGUCUCCAUGUUUCUGUAAAAUAAAACUCAAAAACUUCCCGCCGCAAACCGCCGCCAUCCCCUACAUUCCACCGGAGACCACUCAGUUCCCGGAGAUCCAAACCCUAGCCGCCACGUUCCACCUCAGCAGCUCAGAUAUCAAACGCCUAGCUUCCAGAUCCAUCUUCGCUUCGAAGCCGUCUCUCGAGAUCUUCAUCUACACGGGAAUCGCCGCCGGCGCUGCGUCGUGCGGUGUAAACUCCGGGGGGUUUCUGGCGAAAGUCUCCAUGCCGUUGGAUCUAUCGGUUACGCAAUCGAAGCCGUGCGUGUUCCACAACGGAUGGAUAUCAGUCGGAAAAGGAGCCGGAGCCGGGAAAGCGUCGACGUCGGCUCAGUUUCACCUGAAUGUGAAGGCGGAGCCUGAUCCUAGGUUCGUCUUUCAGUUCGACGGCGAGCCUGAGUGUAGUCCUCAAGUGGUUCAGAUUCAAGGCAGUAUCCGACAACCUGUUUUCACUUGCAAAUUCAGCUGUCGGAACACCACUGGCGAUCGUACUAUCAGAUCAAGAUCGUUGCCGACGGAGACGAGUGUUCCACGUAGCUGGCUUAACUCGUUCGGGAGCGAGAGAGAACGUCCUUGUAAAGAACGAAAAGGAUGGUCCAUAACGGUACACGACUUGUCAGGUUCACCAGUAGCUAUGGCCUCAAUCGUCACGCCGUUCGUUGCAUCUCCCGGAACCGAUCGUGUGAGCCGAUCAAACCCCGGGUCUUGGCUCAUCCUCCGUCCCGGAGACGGCACAUGGAAACCUUGGGGCCGACUUGAGGCGUGGCGGGAACGCGGGGGAGCCAUCGAUGGGCUCGGUUACAGAUUCGAACUUAUACUAGACGGGUCAAGCGGUGGAGGGAUCGUGCUUGCGGAAUCGACGAUAAGUUCUCAGAGAGGUGGGAAGUUCUCGAUCGAAUUGGGAUCGUCGUCGACAGUUGGUGGUGUGAAUAGAUCAAGAAGUCGUGGCGGCGGAAGCGGUGGAGCGUCGCCAGCGAACAGUCCGAGAGGAGGGAGCAUACAGAAAGGGUUUGUGAUGGCAGCGAGUGUGGAAGGUGAAGGGAAAUGUAGUAAGCCUUGUGUUGAGGUUAGUGUGCAGCACGUUAGCUGUAUGGAGGAUGCAGCUGCUUACGUGGCGCUUUCUGCUGCAAUUGAUCUUAGUAUGGAUGCUUGCAGGUUGUUUAAUCAACGGCUGAGGAAAGAGCUUUCCUACCAUAGUGAGUCACUCGGCUGAAGAUUUUCUGUUUUUUGUUUACAAAAAGUAGUCACAAAAUGGCCUUCGAGUUUUUUUUUUUGGGAAAAAAAAAUCUCAGUAAGGUACUAACAAAUUAGGAUGUACAUAGUGAGUUUGCAUUUGACUUUGUGUGGCUUCGUAUUGUUUUUUUGUUUUGUGCUAGUGAGGUGAAGAGUGAGUUUCUUUUGUCACUCUUCAUUUGCCUUUGAUUAUGUAAAUGUAUAAAUUAGUAAAAUCGAAUUCAGAAAGUUUGCUUUA